CACAUGGCUCGCUCAGUCCUGGAGUCUGCCCAGCGGAACAACGCCAAUCUCGAAUCACAGCCGAAGGACGAUUCCUUUUCGUCUCCAUCUCACUCAUCCCAGAGCCAUACUCAUCACCGAUCGCCACACCCGGCGCUCCCCUCCCACGAGACCGCAAUGAAUCUCCUCGAUGUAUUUUUCAGCCAAUAUCAAAUCCAGUAUCCCAUCCUAGUCGAGGACGAUUUUACGACUCUGAUCUCCUCAUACUAUUCAGAGAUUGAGAUGGGCACGCACCGUAAAGAUCCAUGGCUAAAGUUUAUGCUCAACAUGUCGUUUGCUAGUGCGCUGGUAUUUCUUUCUCAAGAGAACAGAGACGCAUUGACGCUCGCACAGGAGUUUAGCUCAAAUGCCAUGGCUGAAUUCAGCAGCAUAAUGCAGAUCAAAAGCCUCCACACAUUGCAAUGCUUGCUUUUGCUAUUGCUGUAUUCAGUUCUCAGUUCUUCGUCAGCGCCUAUCUGGUACAUAUCUGGGCUGUGUUCUAGAAUGUGCGUGGAUCUGGGACUCCAUUCCGAGAGAACAAUCGCGGUAUCUGGGAAGGGGGAAGCGACUGAAGAUGAGAUCGACACCAAGAGGCGUCUAUUUUGGGUCACCUAUACCUUUGAAAGGACACUCAGCAUAAUGCUAGGCCGACCAUUCACCCUCGAAGAUUCCACAAUUGACGUCAAAUUCCCCACGACGUCUCUACCAACCAGCAAGCGAAGCCAGAUACUCCACUGGCUGAAACUCCAACGACUGCAGAGCGAGAUUGUCUCUCGGCUAUACAUCAGCCGAGACGAAGCGUCCCGGACCCAAGAGGACGUUUCAAAAUGGGUCACGGAGAUGAAUCAGCAAUUGGCGACUUGGAAUGACCAAGCUCUUUUGCUGUCAGAUUCGACAAGCUUCAACACAGAUUGGUGGAGGUACUGGUACCAAAAUGCCUUGCUAAUCCUUCAUCGGCCGUCACCUACCAUUUCUCGGCCUGACCCUCAGACACUGCAUACGUGUUACAACGCCGCGAAGAGUCUUAUCCAACUCUCCUUCAUCCGUGUCAACAAAGGGCUGACAGAUUUUACCUGGCUAGAAUUGCACUACCAGGUCAUGAGCGGCAUCACGCUGUUGUUCCUGGUAUGGAAUAGCCCCGACACAAGAACAGCAGCAAAGAACGAAUGGAUCACGUUUAAAAGUUGCCUGUCCCAGUGGGGAUUCGUCUUGGAUCGCCUGACGGAGCGCUGGGACCGAAUGGCGAGACCUAAGCAAGUUCUUGUCAAGUUGGCAGAUGCCACAGUGGAAGCUGUGGAGCGAGACUUUGUCAACUCUUCAUCAAGAAGUGACGAGGGGCAAAGACAAAAGAGAGUGCAGGAUCAAGAUCGCAGACGCUCAAUAAUGGAGCAACUGGGGUCUCCAGGAGUGCUGCUGGGAGAUUCGGGCACCAACAGGAGAGGUUUUGACUUUUCACAAAUCACAAGGGCGGAAGAUGCAUUUGGCAUAGGAAAUUCGGUCCAAGGGGUUUCUCCAACCUCCAGCAAUAGCGGGCUGGUGCAAAACUCGACGUUCCAAGCGUUCAAUAUUUCCAACACCGUCCACCAGCCGACUGAAGGAGUACCGGAACUAUCAUGGACAGUCCCGCACCCAUCCAACGAGUCGACUCAACACCAGCAGCCAUUUGAUGUAGUUGACCCGUCGAUGACGGCUGAUGUAUCCGCGAUGCUUGCCGAUGAGAUAUGGCCCUGUCUUGGGCCCUACGAUAAUACUGGCAUGCUUGGGGGUUUCGGGCUCUUUGAGUAUUUCCCAAUGCCAAUGGCGGGAGUGGAAGACACCGAAAUGCAAGGACAAGGCAUGUCUUCGAGAAUCGAGGGAGUCGUUACGGAUAGCGUUCUCAACUUUCGUGAAAGCUGGGAGGAGGGGGAAGGUACGGGUAAUAGUGCCUAAUAACUAUAAGUACUCUUUCACUCACAGGCUCAUUGUGUACUGAGGUAGCUACUGUGUAAUUAUGUUAUUCUUGGUACAUGGAGGUGAAUCCACGUGUGGUUGUCUAUAGUGCCGUGGUAGUAAU